AUGUUCGCCCAGCCAUUCCAUGAUCCCGCUCGAAAGAGGCUCCGCGAGGAGGACCCCGACGCCGCUGUUGGAUCUUGCGGCUUCAGUGAACACCGUAAUAUACAUACCGAAUGUGACUCGGAGGCGCCGGCCUCGCACUUUUCGCCCUGGUCGUCAUCCCCAACCCUGGGCAUGAACUCACCAGGCGUGGACCGAGACAUGGACAUGGCCAUGGACACAGCUAUGUCGCCUCUGAACAACCUCCAGCAUCUACAGCCGAAUCCUCUCCAGACUGAUCCCUCCGGCCGCUUGCCAACACCCAUGCAGUCGAGCUUUGCCCCACAGCUGCGCGGCGCCACCGGAUGGAGUGGACCGGGCCCUGUGAUUAUGCAACAGAACGGCCUGUCCAACAUGGGCCACGUUCACAGCACUGCUUUUGAGGACAAGAGCUUCAGCAUUGGCUACCGAGCCGACUGCGAGAAGUGCCGUCUCAAGGUGCCUGGUCACUUCAACCACAUCAUCGUAUCCUAG